AUGUAUUAUUCUACUGCGCUUCGCACUUCAGCUGUGAACUUAACCAGUAUUUCAUCGACGGACCUCAGUGCAAUUUUAACUCUACGCAUACAAUUGAGAGUCUGGACGCCUCAAACUAUAUUGAGAAUGGAACCAGCCUACUAUGAUACACAAAGACAACGAAGUGGCGUAAAACUGGUAAUAAAGGCAGCGAUUCUGAACGACGAUUUAAGUCUGGAGGUUCAGUGUCAGAUAACUCGAGAACGAUUACAGCUCCUUGAAACUAUAACACCGGAAAUAUUCGAGGACCUUCAUCAUCACGAAUUUAUUUUCUAUCCCGAUACUAACACAACGGGCCAUGAAACGAUUAUAAGGAUUCUCAAGUAUCACCAACUGACUUUUGAAAAGGUAUUGAUGCAUUACCAACCAAGGAUUAUUUUCGGCACUACCGUAAUGGUAACUAAAUUUGCAGACCAGCUAACUGAAGGGUAUUAUAAGGUAGCAAAGUUAAUCAAUGACAAAGCUAGCCUGUUAACAAAACUAAAUUAUCUAAAUCUCCUUCUCCAAUUCUCAAAGCUAGAGCAAAUAUUUCUGACGGGCGACAUACAACAACCGCCACCAUAUUCGGGCAGUUUACCAGAGAGCGUCAAACAAAUAGAACACAACAGCUGUCUGGAAAAUUUAAUAAGCCGUAAGGCAACUAUAUCAAUUAAUUUGAGGUACUCAUAUCGAUCGUACCCGACUUUGACCAACAUUAUUUCGACAGUCCUCUACGACUCUGAACUAGAAGCUGCUCUGUCGAAUCAGGAUCGAAAGAUGUGGAAAAGUUUAGGGUUUCCUGAACUUUACGACAGUACACCAGUUCUAUUUCUUGACAUACCAGGACAGGAAUGUAAAACCCUAUUGCGCAGCUGGACUAAUGAGCAAAAAAACGAGGCGGCCUUAUUAAUAGCACAGAAACUUCAAACACGUUUACCGGGAAAGUUAACUACUCUGUGUUAUUAUAGUUCCGCGCUGCGGGAUCUCAAAAUUUGCGAACCCAGUCUUUGGUACCACACGGUUGACUUCUAUAUGGGAAAGGAGACAGAUGUCGUCCUCCUUUUAACGACCCGCUCCAACGCCCAGUUAACGGAAGAGGCCAGAAAAUUUCUAUUUGAUAAGAAUUGA